AUGUCCACCCCGUCGAGCGUCAACACAGAAUACCUUUCCUCAUCCUCCCCGACCCCCACUAUCCGAAACAACGCUACCCCCGCUCGCCCGCCCACAUCGUCUCAGGUGUUUGCCUCUGCCGUCGGUGUUUCGCCCGGGCACACUCCCGGAGGCACGCCCAGCCAGCACACCGAGCAGAGGCGGACGCACAGUGGGCAGCAGCAGCAGCAAGAGCUGGGCAAGGGACGGCCGAGCAGAAAUGAACUGCCACCGCCCGCCGCCUCCCCCAGCACAGGCCGUCCCGCUUUAUCCCCCGCACGUGCCUCCUACUCCUCGGCAGACGACGAAGACUACCUCGGCCCCCACUCCUACCCCCACACCGCAGGGCCCGGCAACACCUCUUUUGAAUCUACUCCACGCGGGUGGAGCAGUGCUCGUGGCCGACCGCAGCAGACAGCGCUUGGCAGCAGCUUUGGUUCGCCAACAACGCUUUUCAACCCUGCCGCGCGGGAGAAUCCCGGGGGUAGUAACCGUCUAGGUCGGGGAUCGCGAUUCAACAGUGCUCGCGAAGUCUCUCAGACUACUGGUGGGGGGACUGGUUCUCGUUCAGCCUCUCGAGCUCGACCGCCCCUCUUCCACCAUCACAGCAGCAGCCGAGAGCGCUCAGAGAUCCAGAAUGGCGAGGAGGAGGAUGUAGAUCGCGGCGCGGAGCUUAUCAAGCAGCGUCAGAAGGAAAGGCGUGCCAAGAAGAAGAGGCAGCAACAAGAGGUCGAGGGUAGAAGACUAGCUGAAGAAGGGACCACUCCAGAGACGAGUAACCCACCGACGGGUGUGCCCGGCCAAGGCUUCAAGGCUCAGCAGGGAACGUUGCACCGGGCGCCUUCGUCCAGAGUGCGAGAAGUCAGCUCCACCCGGAAACUCGCUGGCGACGGUGACUACUUUCCUUAUCCCGGAAGUGUCUCGGGUACCGAGACCCCUCGGGACGGCCGAUUCAGCCCGCGCGAUGACCUGCGUCCUGCGUCUAUCUAUUCCUCGGUGGCAGAUGAGGACGAAGAUGAGUUUGAUGAACGUGCGAGCUUGGUCGGCGAUAUCGUGAAUGAUGUGAUCGGUGUAGAGACUGGUGACAGGGAGUGCAACUCUGAUGAAGACGACGAAGAAGAGAUCGAGACGGAUGAAGGUGUGACCUUGAGAGAUCGUCAAGAUGCGAUCAACAUUGAACACCCCUUCGGUCUUCCCAUAUGGAAACCAGCGCUCUACCGCAAGUCUCGAUCAGUCACCCGUAACGCCGAAUCUGCCUUGCAUUCCAUCCCCUCCGCCGCGGCCGAGCGUCAUCUCCUUCCUGGCAACAUCAUCUGGACUGUCGUCUUUGGCUGGUGGCUCACCCUCAUCUGCCUCUUUGUCGCUCUGCUUGUCAGCGGUGCUGAAGUAGCAGGCGGAGGCAGGGGCGGUUAUGGCAAGACGCUUAGGGGUCUGGCGUGGUACAUCGGAUGGCCGUUUGGCAAGUACGUGGAGGGUGAAGGAGGGCCCGUGGAUGAUGAGCAUACGGAGGGCGACGGGGAUAAUGAGGAUGCAGAGCAAGGGAAUGGGCAGUAUGGUGCUGUCAACGGCAGCGGAUCGCCUGUCAGCAAGCGAGCGCAGAGACGAGAGGUGUCGGGCGCUUCGUCGGGUAUCACAGUCAAGGACACGCAGAGGCCCGAUAUGGACGGUACCAGCUCUCCGGACGCUCCUUCGACGAGCACCGUGCGUGCCGAACCUGCAGUGUCUUUUGCCCCCAACGUAAAGGGCAAAGACAAGGACAAUGGUGAAAGGACUGCUCUCUUGGGCGGCGGCAGCUUUAGGCGGCCCCGUAACAAGAAAGCCAAGCGCUUGGGGAUGCUGGUCUACUGGCCUACAUUCCUGCUCGUCAUAGUACCCGUCAUGCUCUUUGUCUGUGUGCUUUGCUGGUGCUUCGUCGUCACGAUCCCCAUGGCCAAGCUCACUUGGAAACUCCUGAACCUGCUCUAUACUCGUCCUCUGGAGAUCAAUUUUAGGGCUGCGCCCAAAGUGCCAGUGCCUACACCUCAUCCUUCCUCCGACAAUGUGACUGAGGAAUCUGAUCCCUUGGCGGACGAGUCGCCCGCCUUUACUCUGCGACGCGCGCGACUCCACGCUGGGCAAGUGGCUCCCACUUCCGGGCCUACCUCGACUGUACUCUUGUGUACCUACCGAGCGGUCGGUCUCCAGUACUACAAGUAUACUGUCGGAGGUGUCAACAUCUUGUUUAUCAACCUCCUCCCUCUGGUGUUUUUCACAAUCAUCGACGGCAUGCUGCUGCUUCCUUUUGUCGAGCACCAGGAGCACAUUGGCAAGCCCAUCACUCCGCUUUUGCGAUUCCUCACCUCGCAGGCCCUCAUCUUUGUCCUUGCCCUCGCUUCCGUCAUUCCCCUCUCAUACUUUAUUGGCAUGGCCGUCGCCUCCAUCUCUGCCCAAUCGUCGAUUGGCAUGGGUGCAGUCAUCAACGCCACAUUCGGUUCCAUCAUUGAAAUCAUCCUCUACUCUAUUGCCCUCAUGCAAGGAAAGGGACGAUUGGUGGAAGGGUCGAUCAUUGGAAGUAUCUUGGCGGGUGUCUUGUUGAUGCCUGGGGCUAGUAUGUGUUCGGGUGCGUUGAAGAAGAAGGAGCAGAAAUUCAAUGCCAAGAGUGCGGGGGUGACGAGUACAAUGUUGAUCAUGGCCAUUAUCGGGACUUUGACGCCAACCAUGUUUUACCAAACAUACGGCUCGUUUGAGCUUCAUUGUGAGGGAUGUCCUGCCCCGACCAACGGCACGACGGGACAUACCACGUUGAUGAAGCCUGAAGACGUGUGGAUGUGCAACCACUGCUACUAUGAGCAUCCUGACCCCGAACUGGACCCGUUCUACCAGGAGAACGUCAAGACGCUGAUGUAUGGCUGUGCUGCCAUCCUUCUCUUUUCGUACCUGAUCGGUCUUUGGUUCUCUUUGCGAACCCACGCGACCCAGAUCUGGCAGAACCCCCAGCAGCUUCUGAAGCCAGAGGAACACCAGGCCCUCGGUGUCCACCCCGCCGUCAAAGCGACGCUCACCCAGCGCCUCACUCCCCAAGCUUUGGCCCAGCAUCUACUGCCUCUGCAUCAACAACAAAAACCUCCCCACACGGCUUCUCCCGUGAUCCCCGUUUCGACCACAGACGGACAACCGAUCCCGGCUACUGCUUCCCCCAAGGGCGGAACCCUUCGCCUCGACCCUUCCGGCUUUCCCAAAGACGACGACGGACAACCCUCAGCUGGGCCUUACACCGUCCCGGGCACUGUCAAAUCCGUACCCAACAACAACCCAGCCUUCACCCUCCCUGCAGGCUACACCCCAUACCUCGAAGGCCUCGACCAAGCCGCCAAGCAAAACAACCUCACGCCCAUGCGUCUGCCGGGCACGUUGACGACCGAAGACUUUACGCGGGCGGUAGCUGUGGCGACUGUUAGUGCGCUGAGGCAUCAGGGGUCGAUUGUGGGGUCUGAGAGGAAACAUCGGCAUGGGGAGGGAGGAGGUGUUGCGGUGAAUGAAGCUGCACCAGGGGCACAUGUGGGGAAUGGUGCGGGGGAUGAAGAGGAGGGAGGAGGACAUGAAGCGCCUAGUUGGACAAGGGGGGUCAGUGCGGGAGUAUUGUUGGGGUGCACAUUGUUGUAUGCCAUUAUUGCUGAAAUCUUGGUGGAUGUGGUGGAUGUGGUGAUGCAAGGAUCGGGGAUCGAUGAAAAGUUUUUGGGUCUGACGCUCUUUGCGCUGGUGCCCAAUACGACAGAGUUUAUGAACGCCAUGUCGUUCGCGCUGAACGGGAAUAUCGCGCUGAGCAUGGAAAUCGGUUCAGCAUACGCUCUUCAAGUCUGCCUACUACAGAUACCUGCAAUGGUAGCUUUCAGUGCGCUGUAUAAGCCUGACAAGAUGGGUGACGUGAUUGAUACGUUUACUCUGAUAUUCCCCCGUUGGGACGUGAUCGCCAUCAUCCUCUCCAUCUUCUUGUUAACCUACACCUACAUCGAGGCAAGGAGUAACUACCAUCGAGGAUCUAUCUUGGUUCUAGCAUACGUCGUGCUCAUUAUGGGCUUCUACUAUGCUCCUGUGAGAGAGACGGAUGACCCGACGAGGGACGAAGUGUUGACCGUCGACGCUCUGAAGGUGGCCGGCAGUCUGGGGAUGGAGAUGACCAAGUUGUGGACGUGA